AUGCUCAAUGAUUUUUCUCUCCCAACAGAAGCACUCACUAGAGGUUUCAUCAUUGAUCUCAUACAACGCGACUCACCAUUUUCCCCGGCCUACAAUCCCUUGGCGGCCGAUAAUUUCGACCGCCUUCGCAGCGCUUUCGGCCGCUCCUUUUCGCGCGUCGACCGGUUAUACAAACCAACCACCUUACUCUCCUUCUCCUCCUCGUCGUCGUCAUCCAUACCAAUUCAAUCCAAAAUCAUCCCAAGCGAGGGAGAGUACCUCAUGAACGUCUCGCUUGGGACCCCGCCGGUCCCGGUCCUCGGCAUAGCAGACACCGGAAGCGACCUCAUGUGGACGCAAUGCAAGCCAUGCACGCAAUGCUUCAAGCAAAAUCCGCCCAUGUUCAAUCCAAACAAAUCCUCCACGUACCGCAACAUCGCCUGCGAGUCCAAACCCUGCAGCGAAUUGCUCGAGUCGAGCUGUGACGCCGCCGCGGAGCGCGGCGGCGACACGUGCGAGUACAGGUACUCCUACGGCGACCACUCCUUCACCAAGGGAAAUCUCGCCUCCGACACGCUUACCAUAGGCUCAACUUCCCUCCCAAAGAUCAUCUUCGGCUGCGGCCGCGAAAACGGCGGCACGUUCGACGAGUCGGGGUCGGGCCUAAUAGGCCUCGGCGGCGGCCCUCUUUCUCUAGUUUCUCAACUAGGCAAGUCCAUUGGAGGCAAAUUCUCCUACUGUCUAGUUCCCUUAACCUCAGAACCUUAUGUCACAAGCAAGAUCAGCUUCGGCAGAGCCGGGAUCGUCUCCGGUCCCAGCGUCGUUUCCACGCCUUUAGUCGCGAAAGAGCCUAACACCUUCUACUACCUAACUUUGGAGGCCAUUAGCGUUGGAAAAAAGAGGUUGGUCUAUUACCAUGAGAAUCAUAAUCAAUCCAAAGCUUUGGCUGGCAAUGAAGGCAACAUCAUAAUCGAUUCCGGGACGACGUUGACCUUUCUUCCGGUCGGAUUCCACGACGAUUUGGUGUCGGCUUUAGCGGAAGCCGUUGACGCCGAGAGGGUCAGCGAUCCGAAGGGGGUUUUGAGCCUUUGUUUCAGAGCCGAAAAGGAGAGUGAAAGUCUUGCUAGUGCUCCGAUUAUAACGGCUCAUUUUAGUGGCGCGGAUGUCGUUUUGCAGCCGAUGAACACUUUUGCGAAGGUUGAGGAUGACUUGUUCUGCUUCACCAUGAUUCCCUCAAACGACGUUGCUAUAUUUGGCAACUUGGCUCAGAUGAAUUUCUUGGUUGGGUAUGAUCUCGAGAGUGGGAUUGUGUCGUUUAAGCCUACUGAUUGCACCAAUAUGUGA